GGUGAGGAAGUGUCGGGUAUCAGUGUUGUCACGCGCUGGCUCCGCCCCCUUGUACCUGUAUGGCAGGAAUUCAGCAGGUGCGAGCAUGUUCAGCUAGGGCCAGAGCUGACAAACAACAGCCGAGCGAGGCCCUCAAAAACUGGCACUUUUCGUCUCGACCGGUUUCCUUUGGUGAAAACAGACAUGGAGGAGAUGACGAUAUGGGAGCAGCACACGGUCACGUUAUCGAAAGAUUCCAAGGUCGGCUUCGGUUUUGCGGUCUCAGGUGGGCGAGACAAGCCCAACCCAGUAAACGGGGACACAGCAGUGGUGGUCUCUGAUGUGCUUCCCAGCGGCCCCGCCAUGGGCCGUCUUCAUACACGAGACCAGAUAGCUAUGGUGAAUGGUGUUUCCAUGGACAAUGUCACCUCACUCUACACUAUUCAAAAUCUGAGGAAAUGUGGGAAAUUGGCAAACAUUACCGUGAAGAGGCCACGCACAAUUCAGAUCCCUGCGAGCAACAGACCGACUCGUUCUGCCUCACAAUCCAACAUACUAGAUGAAGACGGACCUCAGAACAGAGGUCAGCGUGGCGCUGACACCAGCCGUAACCGACGAACUCGAAGCGUGACACCUGACCGCAACGGUCAUGACCUCCCCAUCAUGUCCGGCUUCAAGAGGCUGCCCAGUCAGGAUGUGCAAAACAAACCCAUCAGAACAACCCUGAUCAAGAAAAAACCCACAGAUGAGUACGGGAUGAAGCUGGGGAGCCAGAUUUUCAUCAAGCACAUGACUCCCACCGGUCUGGCUGCCAAAGAGGGCACCCUUCAGGAAGGAGAUCUUGUUUUAAAGAUUAACGGCAUGACGACAGAAAAUCUGUCCCUGCUGGAGACCAAGCACCUAGUGGAGAAGUCUAGAGGUAAACUGACCAUGUUGGUGUUGAGGGACGACAGAAAGUUCCUGGUCAGCAUUCCUGAAGUGGAGGACAGUCCUCAAAACAGCGCGGACGAGAAGAGGGAAGACAGUAGCUCCGAGCUGGAGGAAAUCUCAGACCUGGAUUCUGACAACCCCACAAAUCGAAAAUCCCGUCCAAGAGAACGACGUUCUCGAAGAAGUCGUGCCAAUCCUGUGUCUAAACCACGCGAAUCUCCCCCUUUGCGCUCUACAAGACCGCCCGCCCAGUUGAUCCCCCCUCGCAGAGUUCCCUCUGAGUCUGAAUCGGACCGCAGCAACUCGCCUCCACCGUCAAGACACGACACUCUCGAUAACAGAGACCGAUACAAGGUUCUCUCAGGGAUCUCCACAUUGCCAAACCCUCGAGCCUCACCCGUCACCCAGAACUGGAACCCCUCCACUGCCUCACGACCACGCAGAGCUGUUUCUGAGUCAGAUUCAGACCGGAGCGCCUCUCCGCCCCCCAGACGUGAGAGUCCCAGACCUGAAAAAAACUCCAGAUACAAGGUGCUUCCCGAUCUCCCUCCUCCUGGAAUGAAGUCUUCCUCUCUUAGCAUGUCUCAGGAUUUCCCCCGCCGCAUGGCCUCCCCUUACAGGCCUCCACCCAGAGCUGCAUCAGAGUCCGAAUCGGACGAUAGUACCGGACCACGCAGACAGGGGACUCCAGCCAGCCAGGAGUCCCACAAUAGAUACAGGGCGCCCCCAGAGGUCACACCAGUCCCUGUAAUGGAACCCCCAAAAUGGGCGAAACCCUCAACUCCUGUACAGAGAGCUCCUUCAGAAUCCGAGUCGGAUGCAAGUUACAACACUCCUCCGAGAUCACAGUCUCCAGUCAGUAAAAACUCAAGAAUCAGACAAGGGGCUGAAAUGCAAGUGCCAAUCAUCAACAACCGACAAGAUCCCCCACUCAGAUCCGCUCCUGCCAGACCACCACCCGAAUAUUCCUCUGAAUCAGAAAGGGCCCCAUCACCUCUCGGGAGAUCUGACAGUCCCAGCCACAACAGCGAUCACAGUUUUCCACAUGCUAAUGGAAAUCUCCGCUCCAACAUAUCCAUUCCCAACCACACCACGUUGAAAUCGAAACCUGUAGAGGAGCCACUUUAUUCACUUCCACCAGACGCAGUGCCAACACCAAACCUGGGGUACAGCUCGGACCGGAACCACGUCAGCUUUGUGAAGGAGGGCAACGUUGGGUUGAGGCUGGUGGGAGGAAAUGAUGUUGGCGUCUUUGUUGGUGGUGUCCAGCCCAACAGUCCAGCCCAGAGGCAAGGCAUGACAGAGGGUGAUCAGAUACUGGAGGUAAACGGUGUAGACUUUAACCACUUCACCAGAGAGGAGGCAGCUAUGUACCUCAUGAACAUCCACGCUGGGGACCGAAUCGAUAUUCGGACUCAGAACAAAAUGGACAUCUACAAGAAGAUUUUGAAGUCCAGCCUCGGUGACUCUUUCUACAUCCGUACACACUUUGACCAUGUGGCUGAGAGCAGUCUCGGCUUGAGCUUUACCAGAGGUGAGGUGUUCAGAGUGGUGGACACUAUGUAUCACGGAAAGCUGGGAAACUGGCUAGCUGUGCGCAUGGGCAAUGAUCUACACGAACUGGACAAAGGCACCAUUCCUAACCAGACCAGGGCUGAAACUCUGGCCAAUUUGGAGCAGGCACAGAGAAUAAGUGCGGCAGAGCGCCAAGGCUCCGGCCCCAGAGCCGAAUUCUGGAAGCUACGAGGCUUAAGAGGGGCCAAAAAGAAUACCAGAAGAACCCGCGACGACCUCUUACAGUUAACGAUUCAGGGCAAAUUUCCAGCAUAUGAGAAGGUCCUGCUUAGAGAGGCCAAUUUCAAACGGCCAAUUGUCAUUUUGGGUCCUCUGAACGACAUUGCAAAUGAGAAGCUGGCCCGAGAGUUGCCUGAUGAAUUUGAAGUUGCAGAAAUGGUUGCCAGGAGUGGAAGUGAUAGUGCAUCCAGUGUCAUAAAACUAGACACAGUUAGGCGGAUAGCAGAGCUGGAAAAGCAUCCCCUGCUGGAUAUUACACCAACUGCAGUAGAAAGAUUGAAUUACAUCCAGUACCAUCCCAUGGUGCUCUUCUUGGAUCCUCAUAGUCGGAAGGACGUGAAGGCCAUGAGGCAAAAAUACAUGCCAGGCUCCAACAAGAGCUCUCGUCGUCUCUACGCUCAGGCCUUAAAGCUAAGGAAACACUAUAGCCAUCUAUUUUCUGCACGCAUUGACCUUGAGCCUAAUACAAAUAUGUGGUAUGACAUUUUGAAAGACAAGAUUCGGCAGCAGCAGUCUAAACCCGUCUGGGUUUCAGAAGUAGCGUUGGAGGGAGGUGCCGACGAGGAGCUUGAUGCAUUGAGCCGUGCAAACAACUCUGACUACCUUAGUGGUGCAAGUGACUACGAGGACACUGACGGUGAGGCCUUCACAGAUGGCGAAGCCUACACUGACAAUGAGGACCUGGAAGAGCAAACACAAGGCAUCGCCAGGCACCGCAGCAGUGCACUAGCCCGCUCCUCGGAGCCCGCCACUGAGCAGAAUCCUAGUCCUGAACCUUCCUACGACCUAGAGCCAUUCCUGGAGGAAGAGUCCGAGUACACUCUACCUCCCGGUGAAGUACCUCCUAUCCUCCACGUUCCAGAGCCCCGUUCUCCACGCGUUGUCACUGGCUUUCACCAACAAGAAGACGAUGUCCCCUCGCAGCGCAGCUUCACGGAUUCAGACUUCAGCACUGGUGACAUGGCCGCACCACCGGCACCUUCCAAUGCGCCGCCCAACUUCAGGGCACCAGAUCCCAAAGAAGUCCAUUCAGAGACCCCUCCACUGUCAGCCAUAGAAGAGAAACUACAACAGGCCCGUAUGGCAGAACCAGAAAGGAAACCCUCUCCUUCUUUUGUAGUAUUGGCACAUCACGAAGCCAUGCAAAUUAGGAGAACACAAAUCCAAGGAAGUGACAGUGACAGCGACAGCGAUGAAAACGCCAGAGAUGAUGGCGAUUUUGGUAUUGAUGAUGAUGAAGCUGAUGACAUUGAAUGGGGACCUGCCACAGAGCUGUAAUGUACACGAAUUGUACUAACAUCACAAACAGGCACAUGGACCACUCAUGUCUUAUUCUGGACCUGUACAUUUACACAACCAAACUGGAAAUAACUUUUGUGUGUGUGUUUUUUAUUAAGUGUUCUUAUGGACUUGUUAUAGAUAACUACUCUUGGAUUUAUUUUGACGUUUUGUUACCGGAAUUGCUUCCUUUUGUGGGUUUGUUGUAACGGAUGUGCUGAGGUCUUCCUCAGGAUUAUUUCCGAAAGAAAUAUUACCAGUUGUAAUAAAGACCAUUUGGGUAUAUUUUACCCUUUUCAGUAACUCGUUAUAUAUUAUAUUAUUUUAUUAAUGUAUUUUGAAAUAAAUGGAACAAACCAUUAAAGCCCA